AUGGCCGAUGGACAAGCACAGCAACAGGGAGAUUCGGUCCCCUCGCUUCGACGGAUACGCCGGGCCUGCGAUGGUUGUCGCGCUCGUAGAGUCAAAUGCAAUGGCGACACCAAUCGCUGUCAGCAAUGCAGUCAUUUAGGCUUGCGGUGCGUCUACUCGGCACAAAGGUCAAAGAGCUCGCGCAGCGGGGUCACUCGAGGCUCUGUGAUAGCGCAGCUCAAAGGAAAUCCCACGUCGCUUACAGUGGGCAAUGCCCCGCGGAGUAGCCCUGGAGCGACACUGAACCACCAUUCGGUUAGUGGCAACAGCCCAGCCAGUGUAACACCGCAAUUGAGUGGCGGUAAUGGUGGUAGUGAUGGGACACUGCCGGCUUCAUUCUCGAGAGACUUCUUCAGAGGGCUCAUUGGCGACUAUACUCUUUACGUCUACGAAGUGAACCCCAUCAUAUCGCCGCCAGAGAUGCUAGAGUCUAUUGACCGCAUGGAUCAGGCCGAGAACCCAGUCGAUUAUGCUCUCGUACACGCAUAUGCCGCUGUGACAGUCAACCUCACAACGCCAGAUUGGCAGGCUGACCAUGACAAGUCACACCUGAUACACCAGCUUCUGGGGAUUGCCAUGACCGCGCGCAGUGCUGUCAUGACACAAGCAAUGAGCGUCGUCUCAUCAAGCUUGCACCCAUAUCUAUCGGCACAUCUUAUCAUGACGGCAAUAUUCAUUGAGAUUUGUCUCAUGGCUGUUGAUAAGUUUGCCGAGGCUUUCCUGAUCUUGCGAGAAGCAAUAGGCAUGAUACAACUUCUCGGAGUUGACCGUCUGGUCACCAGCUCCGAACUCUGCACAGUGAAUGCCGAGCAUGGCACAAAGCACAAAAGCACACUGAGCCUCUCUGAAAAGACUAGACGUAUUCGGCUAUAUUGGGAAGCUUUCAUACACGAACGCUUCUUGACCAUCAUGGCUGAUUACCCACCCGCUUUACCGCCACUUCCACCCGACGUGUCCUUGCCACGAGAGGAUGCCUCGAUUCCAAUCAACAUUCACGUGGGAUGGCAGUAUCUAAUCAAGCUAUUCAGCGUUUUGGAUGACGAUUUUGUCCGACAUUGGCGUAGUUCCAACAAGCACACUCCUGAACCAGUGACAGCUGCUUGGAUUGAGGCCAAGAUGCAUUACUUGAAUGGUCUGUACGAUAUUGAUCUAGAACUACAAUGUGACGCCUAUCGACAAGAGAAUGUAGCAGGGAUUGAGACAGCAUCACACACGCAUACUGACCCAUCACCACCUGGCGUUACUUGUUUGUCAACUCUGCAAAAGGCAGACAUCAUCAUAACAAGACAAUGGCUCCUCAUGCUUCUUUGGCAGCUCGCGAUAUCGAAUUUUCUCCUGUCCUCGGAAUCGGCAUCGCUCGAGGCAAACGCAAUGUCACUGCAAUUUCCAGUUAUGCUCUCGCAACAAUUGCGACAAGUCGUCGUGUUCCUUGGGAGGCCGAGCAUCGAGAGACAUGGCUCGGGGAUUCUCAGAAAACUGUUUGAAAUUACAAAUUCACUCGCCGAUGUCAUUAUCCAUGUUCCCCCCCUCGAUAGUGAGCAGGCUGCACAGCGCAUGGACGAUUUUAAUUUCUUGUCAGAGUUCCUACAUAAUUCUGUUAGUCUGAGGGAAGUACAGUUGGGCAUUCUUGCUGAGAAAAGCAUAGCACUCAAGGCUCGUUCUCGCUAA